CAUGAAGUCCAGUCCUGCUAUCCAAGCUGCCAUUGACCUCACAGCGGGAGCUGCAGGGGGCACAGCAUGUGUACUGACCGGGCAGCCCUUUGACACCUUGAAAGUGAAGAUGCAGACAUUCCCCGACCUAUACCGGGGCCUCACCGACUGCUGCCUGAAGACCUACUCCCAGGUGGGCUUCCGCGGCUUCUACAAGGGGACCAGCCCAGCACUGAUCGCCAACAUCGCCGAGAACUCUGUCCUCUUCAUGUGCUACGGCUUCUGCCAACAGGUGGUGCGGAAAGUGGUUGGACUGGAAAAGCAGGCCAGGCUGAGUGACCUGCAGAACGCGGCCGCGGGUUCCUUCGCCUCUGCCUUUGCUGCCCUGGUGCUCUGCCCCACCGAGCUUGUCAAGUGCCGGCUGCAGACCAUGUAUGAGAUGGAGUCAUCAGGAAAGAUAGCCAGAAGCCAAAACACCGUCUGGUCUGUGGUGAAGAGCGUCCUCAGGAAGGACGGCCCCUUGGGCUUCUACCACGGCCUCUCCAGCACCUUACUCCGAGAGGUGCCCGGCUAUUUCUUCUUCUUUGGCGGUUAUGAACUGAGCAGGUCGUUUUUUGCCUCAGGGAGAUCGAAGGAUGAACUAGGCCCUGUCCCUCUGAUGUUAAGCGGUGGAGUUGGUGGAAUCUGCCUCUGGCUUGCUGUUUACCCAGUGGAUUGCGUCAAAUCCAGAAUUCAAGUUCUUUCUAUGUCUGGAAAACAGGCAGGAUUUAUCGGAACCUUCAUAAGCAUUGUGAAAAAUGAAGGAAUAACGGCCUUAUAUUCUGGACUGAAACCUACUAUGAUUCGAGCAUUCCCUGCCAAUGGGGCGCUCUUUUUGGCCUAUGAAUAUAGCAGGAAGCUGAUGAUGAGCCAGUUUGAAGCCUAUUGAAGUGUCCUGGUGAACCGAGAUCCAAGUCUAGGCGUUUGACGACUACAGUUCAUCUCAGGGUUUCGUGGAGUACAAGACCAAUGUGGAAUUAUUUUGGUUUUGUAGGAAUUUUUUGUUUUGUUUGGUCUUCCCUUAUUCUACCCUAAAUCUUAAACUUUGUGGAAAGGGCCUCUAUUUUAUAUCCUAAAAUUUCUGCCCAUAUUUGUACUGAAGUAGAGAAGUUGCUGCUCUUGUCCUUGGUGGGACAUUAAGGGUGAGCUGCCGGCCCUGCGCACAGUCUGAAAGGCUAAAUAUAGUUUUGUCGGGGCUUUGGCAUAAACCUGUAUGUGUCCAUGCAGAUUGGGUGGUCACCUGUUGAAUUCUCAGAUCUCACCAGAAAACCUCAGAGGUAACCAUGUUUCAUGAAGCUGGCUAUGAACGAUUCCUUAUUCUAGAUGUAGGCUCUCUUUUAAAAUCUUAGUACCUGCACUACACUAAGUGGCUAAAGUUAAGUUUUUCUGUGGUGCUUGAAAACUAAAAUAUCCAUGUAGAUUUUGUAGAGGAGAACAUACCUGCAUACUGGUGUGGCUUCCACGUGAACGAUUUAAGUUAGGAGUAAGCCUCUUGGAUUUUCCCAAGAUGUUCUACUGUUAAAAUAGUGCCAUUCAUUUCCUUGGUGGGAUCGUCUUCUGCACCUGAUGCACUGUCAGGUGCAGUGGGAGUAGCACGCCCCUCACCUGCGCCAGCUUCCCUUCUCUCCCGAAGAACUCCCCCUCUGCUGGGCUUUAGCUUGAGGGAGAGGCUGAGGGGAGGGGGGCUCUGCUGCUGUGCUUUGUGAAGACCCGUGACUGACAACAGCCCUUAGCUGCUUCUGUCUCUGGGUCCUGGCCCGGGUGGGAUUCCAGAGUAUUUCUUUGGACCACUCACUUAUUGCCUCCACCGUUCAGAAACCCUUCCCGGGAGCAGAGUGCCAAAGCCAAGAGAAGCCCUUAUUCCCUGUCUGGUACCUGAAGGACAGUGCUCGUGGGCACAGUCCUCACUCUGCUGGAACUGGACAGAACCUAGUGCUUGUCCUCCACAGUGGGUGAUGUCGGGGCUGACCUUUAAGUUUAUCUUGGGAUCCAUGACUGCCAUGUUUCUUACAGUGUUGGAGCCUUUUACAUUUGGUACUGGCAGUCCCUGGCUUUUCAUGAUUGUAUAAAGGGGCAGACUUUAUAAAGUGAUGAAACAAGCAAAGUAAUUUUAUUAAGCUAUGCCAUAUGUAUGCACUAACCACCACCAUAAAACCCCAGGUCACCUGGUGUAAGAGGGUCCUUUCUUAUCCCCACUUAGGCAAGCCCCCUCCUUCCGUGCUGCUCCAAGACCAGCACGGGCUCUCUCAGAAACAGGUGUUCUUAAGCAGCCUGUUAGGCUAGAAGCGAGCAGGCUGACCCUGCUAAUGUCUGUCCCGUGUGCGUGUCUGUCCUUGUUGGCACACUGUAAGCCUUGCGUGAACCCUCCGGUUUCCUGAAGCUUUUUGUUCUCUGCAGAGCCUCUCUGCUAACUCUAGCCAUGCGCCAGAAGCAAGAGGGUCAGGGAAGCGAGCUGCUGACCCCCAGGGGCUGCUGCAGACAUUUGGGGAGGGGGGUGCUCGGGGUUGUGCCUCAGGGACUCCAGAGCAAUGGCUGGUCUGCCAUCUGCUUUUUCUUUGAAAGAAAAUCAUGUUUUCUACCUUUUCUCUCUGUUCUUAAAUGGUCAGUAGCUACUGAGUGGUGCUUCAUCUGGACAGGCCUGGACUGAAGCAAAAGAGAAAAUGGGGGCUGGCUUCCAGCAGGAAGUGAACUACUUCAGAAUCCAUGAGCCCAGUCGAGUUAGGCCCGUCGGCAGUGGACCUUCUCACACGUUGUCCUUUAAAGAUUUAACUGUCUGCAAUAGCAACAGUCCGAGGCAAGUAAAAGUAGGAGUAAGGAAUGAAACCUAAAUCAGGGGAGUUUUUUUUUUCAUUCUAUCUGCUUAAUUCGUGGUUUGGUAUUUGGACACAGUUGGUACCAUUUCAGCUCUGUACUCCAGACAAAAACAGUAACUUGAAAUCAUGUUUAAAGCAAUUGUGUU